AUGGGCAUUGAGAUGAUGCUGGAGCGCAUCAUGGGCGCGAUGGAGAAGCAGAACCAAGAAUUGACUGAGCUGCGAAAAGAAUGCUCAGACCUUCGUACGUCGAACAGGAGCAUGGAGAUUAUGCUCCAGAACAUUUCUCAAGGACGCAGCAACAGCCCUCCGGGCCUCUCUGCCGGCAUGUCUCCCAGCAUCGGCCGUGAGCGUGCCCGCUCGCCUUUCUUGCCUCGCCGCUCCACAGCCCAGGCUGGUCCUUCUCAGGUCUUAAUCACAUCGCCCUCCCACGAAGUCACCACCCACUCCUUUCCCUUCCCGGAUGAUCGUGAGAUCCCCGGAUUCUACGUCGUGAUCCCCGCAGGCGGUGCUGGUACCCGCCUGUGGCCCCUCUCCCGCGAGAACCACCCCAAGUUCCUACUUGAUGUCAACCUUUGCGGCAACAGCUUGCUGCAGUCGACCUGGGAACGACUCCUUCCCCUGGCUGGUCCUUCACGAAUGACUGUCGUCGCUGGACCUGCUCACUCUGAGGGCAUUUUGGGCCAGCUGCCCAACCUGGAUUCCUCGAAUCUAUUCACCGAGCCUGGCCCCAAGGAUUCCAUGGCUGCCAUCGGCUUGGCUGCUGCUAUCUUGCUUAGACGCGACCCCGAGGCAGUGAUCGGAUCCUUUGCGGCUGAUCAUAUGAUCUCUGGCGAGGAUGCUUUCCUUGGUGCUGUAACUGAGGCCGUCGAGGUGGCCAAGGAAGGCUACCUGGUCACAAUUGGCAUCGCACCCUCUCACCCUGCCACUGGAUUUGGUUACAUCCGACUGGGUGACAAACUUGGAUUGAAAUCAGCCCCCCACUCACGACUGGUGAGCUCUUUCAAGGAGAAGCCUGAUGCUCACACCGCUGCCAAAUACCUUGCUACGGGUCAAUACCGCUGGAACGCAGGCAUGUUCGUCACCAAGGCCUCCCUCCUCAUGGAGCUGAUGAAGGAGAACUGCCCCGAUCUCCAUGAGGGUUUGAUGAACAUCUCUGCAGUGUGGGAUGAUGAGGCCGCACGCAAGACUGCCCUGGAGGAAGUUUGGCCCACUCUGGAGAAGAUUCCCAUCGAUAACGCGGUUGCUGAGCCUGCGGCUGCUCAAGGAAAGGUGGCAGUUAUUCCCUCCACAUUCGGUUGGGACGAUGUUGGUGACUUUUCAUCUUUGGCCGAGAUGCUGCCGGCUGAGUCGAACAAGCCUCGUGUGCUUGGUGACCAGAGACUGGUUGUAUCCGAACAAACUGCUGGAGGAAUUGUUGUGCCCGUGUCUGGCCGGUUGAUUACGUGUCUUGGUGUUGACGACAUCGUUAUCGUUGACGCUCCUGAUGCACUCAUGGUAACUACUAGAGCUCGUUCCCAGGAGGUGAAGUCACUGGUCAAGAAAUGUCGCGAGGCUGGAUGGAAGAAUUUGUUGUAA